GCGGAGGCUUUAACCUCCGACAAUGUCCAAUCCAGUUACCUCGUAGCCCGUCACCAUUGGUCGCUGUGUACGCGAUCUGUCAAAAAAGCGGCCGGGCACCGCUCGUGAUGUCAUCCUCGGUCCCGCCUGAGGUCCACGGGAGCUUCGCGAGACAGCCGGAGCGAGAAAUCAACGGGAUAUCUGGUCAAGUUGCAGGUUCCGUGGCUCUGGUGUUUAUGCGUCACACUGUCUAAAUAGCAGGUGAUAAACAUCAGAGAUAUCGGCCCGAGGCGACGAGGUUGUCCUCCUCGCGCCGAGACCCGAGGGAGUGCGAGAUAUAUACCCGGCGAAGGGUUCGACGCGGAAAACUCGACCGUCGUCAGCCUGGAAAAGUUCCUCGGUGCGGUAUUUUUCUCCAGGUUCUGAGAGCGGCUGAUUCGUACGCGAUUUGAUCGAUGUUAUGGGAAUAGCGUAGUGCGAUUAAUCCGCACGGCGAAACGUUUGUAACCGCGACGAGCGUUGAUUGCGACCCGAUAGUGUAAAACAAGUCUGCAACGAGGGAUAAACAGCUGAGGGCAUUGUGGUGUACAGAUUUGCGGCAUUGCUGGACAUUACUAGGCAUUUUUUGGACGUCAGUGGGUGUUAUUUGAUAUUGCUGCGCCAUGGAGUGGUUGUUCGGCAAGCGCAUCACCCCUGAGGAGAUGCUCAGGAAGAACCAGAGAGCGUUGAACAAGGCGAUGCGGGACUUGGACCGGGAGAAAGUGAGGAUGGAGCAGCAGGAGAAGAAAAUCAUCGCCGACAUAAAGAAAAUGGCCAAGGACGGGCAAAUGGACGCUGUGAAAAUUAUGGCCAAAGAUCUGGUCAGGACGAGGCGUUACGUCAAGAAGUUCAUGCUGAUGAAGGCAAACAUUCAAGCGGUGUCGCUGAAGAUACAAACCUUACGUUCCCAGAACACGAUGGCGCAGGCCAUGAAGGGGGUGACCAAAGCGAUGCAGAACAUGAACAAACAAUUAAAUUUACCACAAAUACAGAAGAUAUUGCAAGAGUUCGAAAAGCAGUCGGAGAUAAUGGACAUGAAGGAGGAAAUCAUGAACGACGCGAUAGACGACGCGAUGGAGGACGAGGGAGACGAGGAAGAAAGUGACGCCGUGGUCUCGCAGGUGUUGGACGAGCUGGGUCUACAGCUGACGGAUCAACUCUCCGGGCUGCCGCAGGCGUCCGGGUCGCUGAGCGUGGCCGGCUCCAAGCAGCCGGUGGCCGCCGCGGCGGGUAACGAGGACGGGGGUAAUCUCGCGGACGCCGACGCGGAUCUACAGGCCAGGCUCGAGAAUCUGCGACGCGAAUGAAUCGGGAUUUAAAGAUGUUAAUAGCUAGACAAUGUAUAAAAAGUGUAAAAAGGAAUCGGCUUUGCUAUAGCGCGGAGGAGACAGUUGCGAGAGGGUUCGUUCCUGCCACACGAGUGCUUGUACGCUUGACUGAAUUCGAAGGAAUCUUGUCCGCGUGCAGUUUCCCUUCGAUCGGUCGGAUCCUCGUAUUUUCUAUGCACGUUGAAUUUUAUAACUGCUUCUAUACAGAGCGUUCUCUGAAAAUGCCUAAGUUCUUAUUUGCAAAUAUACACGAGAAGAAGAUGCUGUACGAUAAAACACAAGACUAUAUAUACAGUAACGUACCUCCCUCUCCGAUUGUGUUUGAUAGACACACUUUUUGUUUUUUCUUCCGUUGUUGUGACUGCCAUUAUAUCUUGUAAUUAAUUCUGUCGUGUAAGGAAAAAAUCCUGAAAGAAAUAUAAAUUCACAAAACCUCUGGGGUAUCUUCUGCAAGGGAAUCAUCUCGAGUUAAAUUUCCAAUCUCACGUACAAUGUAUCUUACAUUAAAUCACGUGUAUCUCGCGUGUCUUAAAUUAAUACAAUUUAAAUAAUGAGUACAGUAA